AUGGACAAGACUAUGAUCUCAGGCCCCUUACCCUCUAACCAGGGCGGCCCAUCUUCUUUCUCCUUCGAGAUGGACGAACACUCUCACAGAAACUACAUUCAGCCCGGUGCAAGAUCAUACGAGAAGCGGCCGAUGAGCGUAGGGGCGGAUGAGACACAGGUCAACUCGGCAGCAACCUCAAUCCACGACGGCAUGGAGAAACACGACAUUGAGCAUGGUCAUGGUCAUGGCCAUAUUGACAUCAACGACCCGAAUCGUCCCCGGAUAAAGCUUCGACAACGACUACACCACUUUACCUGGGCAUGGUACACCUUUCCGAUGAGCACCGGUGGACUGUCCCUUCUCAUAUUCGCCCAGCCUCACCAGUUCCCUGGUCUUCGCCAGAUCGGUCUCUUCGUCUACAUUAUCAACAUCAUCAUCUUCUCCUGUGUUACUACGGCCAUGCUCACUAGGUUCCUGCUUCACCGUGGUGACCUGACCAAGUCUCUCUCGCAUCCUCGCGAGGGCUUCUUCUUUCCCACAUUCUUCCUCUCGGUAGCGACUCUCAUCACAAGCACUCAGCGCUACGCCAUACCAGACAACGAUUUGGCGUUAACAUGGGCCAUCAAGACUGUUUUCUGGGGGUACCUGAUUGUCACAUUGAUUCUCGCCAUCGGACAAUACAGCUUCGUCUUCGCCGCCCAUAGCUUUGGGCUUCAGACGAUGAUGCCGACUUGGAUUCUGCCCAUCUUCCCCAUCAUGCUUUCGGGAACCAUCGCUUCCGUCAUUGCAUCAACACAGCCAGCGAUCGAUGCUGUGCCUAUCGUCAUCGGUGGCUUGACAUGCCAAGGACUUGGAAUUGCAGUUUCUUUUAUGAUGUAUGCACACAUGGUUGGACGUCUGAUGCAAGCUGGCCUGCCAAACCGUGAGCAUCGCCCCGGUCUGUUCAUGUGUGUUGGACCACCAGCAUUCACAGCCCUUGCAUUCAUCGGUAUGGCAAAUGGUUUGCCCGACAACUUCGAUCCGAACGGCGACGGCAUGAUCGACGCCGAAAUCAUCCGGAUCAUGGCUGUUCUCGGAGCGGUAUUCCUUUGGGCUAUCAGCUUGUGGUGGUUCUUCAUCGCCGUGGUGGCCGUUAUUUCGUCGCCGCCCAAGUACUUCCAUCUUGGAUGGUUCGCCAUGGUGUUCCCCAACACCGGAUUCAUCCUUGCAACAAUCUCCAUCGGCCAAGAACUACAAAACGAGGCCGUGCUUUACUUCGCCAACGGUAUCUCGCUCGUUCUUCUGAGCGUCUUCUUCUUUGUCCUCUACCACCUUGUCCGGGCUGUAUGGAUUCAAGAUAUCAUGUACCCUGGCCGGGACGAGGACGUAGAGGACCAUUAA